GCCGAGAAGACCGACCUAUCUUCAGACUCAUCGUUUGGGCGCAAUUGUUCAAGGCAAACCAUCGGCGGGCGACCCGGGCUCUCGCGCGGGAGUAUCCCGAUGCUAGCGUCUGGGGCUAACCACUCCCUUUAUAAACGAUCGUUGACAGGAUCGAUAUCUCGCAGUCGUGCCUCUGAGCCCGAUCCCCGAUGGAGUUUGUCCUCUUCUCUCUGGCAUCGUCCUAGUAGGACUCCUUAUGCUCUGGAUAUCUGAGAAUCGAACAGCUACUGCUUAUCGACUACCCCCAGGACCGAAGCCGUUUCCCUUUCUCGGUAACGUCCAUCAACUGCCUUCCAUUUGCCAACAGAGAACGUUUAGAGAAUGGGGAGUACUGUAUGGUGACAUCGUCUACGCGCGCCUUUUUCGAACACCGGCAAUUAUAAUCAACUCCUUAGAGGUUGCGCAAGACCUACUUGACAAAAGAAGCGCGAAGUACUCGCAUAGGCCCCGGUUCAUCUUACUGCAGGAUUUGAUGGGAUGGGACGUCCUAACGCACUUUUCAUACGGAGAGCGGUUCCGAAAACACCGCCGCUGGAUUUCCAGCGCCUUUCAAGACAAACACGCUUUACUUAGCUACCGCAACAUUCAACGAAGAGAAGUUUAUACCCUCCUCUCUGGCGUGCUCGAGACGCCUGAGCAAUUUAUGCCUCACAUCCGAAGAUACGCUGCGGCGCUCAUAAUGGAGAUAGCCUACGGUCACCGCGUCCAGUCGGCGGACGAUGAGUAUAUCCACAUCGCGGAAUCUGCUGGGAAAGAAACCGUUGAGUCCGGGAACGCCGGGUCAAUGAUUGUUGACUUCUUCCCUAGCCUACAAUACCUGCCCAUGUGGCUUCCGGGCGCGGGAUUCAAGCGCAAAGCUGCGGAUGUGAAGAAGGUAGUGCAGCAGAUGUUCGACACCCCGUUCGAGAUGGUGCGAAAUGCUAUGGCAUCCGGAACAGCGUCUCCGUGUUUCACGGUCGCUUUACUGGAGGAAGUCCUCCGGCAGGGCUCCCUUAGCAAGGAGGACGAGGACGACAUCAAGUCAGCAGCGGGGGUCCUAUAUGGAGCGGCGACGGAUACGACGGUGGUAAUACUGUCGACCUUCAUCCUAGCUAUGCUUCUGCACCCCGAAGUAUAUACGAAGGCCCAAGCAGAAAUGGAUCUCGUUGUCGGUACCGAACGGCUGGCUGACUUCGAUGACAGGGAGGCAUUGCCUUACUUGGAGUGUGUCAUACGUGAAGUAUUCCGAUGGAAUUGUCCUGUACCACUUGGUAUUCCUCACAGAACGAUUCAGCCCGAUAAAUAUCGAGGUUAUGGUAUACCUGCGAAUUCGAUGGUGAUUGCGAAUAUAUGGGCAAUGACACAAGACGAAGAAUCGUAUCCGGAACCAGAAUCAUUCCGGCCGGAGCGAUUCUUGGAGAUGGACCAGCAGACCUUGCAACUACUUGAGCCUCGCAAUAUCGCGUUCGGAUUUGGUCGCCGUGUGUGUCCCGGGCAGCAGUUCGCAGACACUACCAUAUGGCUCGCAGUAGCCAGUUUCGUUGCAACCGUCAACAUAAACAAAGCCAUGACUAAAGAUGGCGACCCAAUCACACCUCUGGCGGAGUUCGUGCCGGGCUUCGUGAGCCAUCCCAAGGACUUCGCGUGUGCCUUUACUCCGAGAUCGGGGAAGGCUACUAAAGUAGUCUCGGACAUGAGGGACAUGAGUGUCUGACCAAAAUUUCAUAUCCGCUGGUCGUUGACUGCGCUCGUAUGGUCGCGGAAUUUACAUUACUGAUACAUGGUGCUUCACCCCUGCAUCUCAUGUGCUCUAUCUACUUCGUAUUUCCAGUAUACAGUACUAGUCAGCAGCAUUCGUGUCCUAUCUUAUGUUGCCAAGCCCCGAGUGGAUUUGACAAAGACUGUGCCGAACGUGCGGUUGACGUAUC